AUGGCUUUCCACACUCGCUCUAACAGCUUCCCAUUGAGAUCUUCUGAGGCCACCUCCACAUCUUCAUCUUCAAUAAUCCACAAACUAAGUGGUCUCCAAGACUUGCAUGAUUCUGUUAAUAGGUUUCUUCAGUUGCCCCUCACUCAACAAGCCUUAGCCCAAGAGCAGAAUGAGAAAUGGACUAAUGAGUUGUUAGAUGGCUCUCUCAGGUUGUUGGAUGUUUGUGGCACUGCCCUCCAGGACCUUCAAUCGAUCAUGCAAAGAAGGCUGGGAGGUGAAACUGAAGCUCUUACAAGUGAGGUUUGGAAAUACUUAACCUCUAGGAAGAUGGUGAAAAAGGCAAUCCAAAAGGCUAUGAAGAAUCUCAAGGCAGUCGACAACAUAUCCACCUUCUCUUCCCUCAACAAGGACAGUAAGACAUUUUCCAUUGUUAGCAAGUUGAGAAUGUUGAAGCAAUCACUCUCGCAGUGUUUGAGUCACUAG